CGCUGCAGCCGCAGUGGCCGGCGCCGCAGCGAGGAGCCAUGGGCAACAUCUCCUCCAACAUCUCGGCCUUCCAGUCCCUGCACAUCGUCAUGCUGGGCUUGGACUCGGCCGGCAAGACCACGGUGCUCUACCGGCUCAAGUUCAACGAGUUCGUGAACACGGUGCCCACCAUCGGCUUCAACACGGAGAAGAUCAAGCUGAGCAACGGCACGGCCAAGGGCAUCAGCUGCCACUUCUGGGACGUGGGCGGCCAGGAGAAGCUGCGGCCGCUCUGGAAAUCCUACAGCCGCUGCACGGACGGCAUCAUCUACGUGGUGGACUCGGUGGACGUGGACCGGCUGGAGGAGGCCAAGACGGAGCUGCACAAGGUGACCAAGUUCGCCGAGAACCAGGGCACGCCGCUGCUGGUCAUCGCCAACAAGCAGGACCUGCCCAAGUCGCUGCCGGUGGCCGAGAUCGAGAAGCAGCUGGCGCUGCACGAGCUCAUCCCGGCCACCACCUACCACGUCCAGCCGGCGUGCGCCAUCAUCGGCGAGGGCCUCACCGAGGGCAUGGACAAGCUCUAUGAGAUGAUCCUGAAGCGCAGGAAGUCCCUCAAGCAGAAGAAGAAGCGGUAAUGUGCCCGGCGGCGUGCGGGAGCGAGGCGGGAGCGAGCGAGGGAGUCGGGCAGGAAUGAAUGGAUGUGCGAGAACCCGCGCCCGCGAACAAAGACAGCGAACCAAAGCGAUGCUUCGAAUUUUUAAAACGGAAUGUCUUCGCCCAGAUGCAGGACGAGGGACUUAGCCUGGGUGUGGAGGCUGCUCGGACCGGCUCCCACCCCGGACUCAGGGGACCUUUUGUCUGGACGCCAGAGCUCCCUGAUGGGGUGGGAGGCAGCCCUGCGGAGUGGACGUGCUGGGGCGGUUGUCUGCCCUCCUGGCCCAGGGGGAAGGCUCAGACACCAGAAACAAAAGCAGUUUCUUCCUGCUCCCGCAGGGCCAGAAGUUCAGGCUGCCCCGCCCUCACCUGCGAGUUACCUGAGGUAUGCAAGUCCCGGAACCCUGGGAGUCCCCAUCUGGGGCCUGUUGGCAGUGGGAGGUGCUGGGGGACAGCCACUCCUUGCUUCCAUGGCAGCUGGAUAAUUCUAUCUCACAGGGCAGGCCCCUGUUGAAAUUUCAUUUGUCCUGCACUGGGCCCAAAGGAGGUGGUGGUGUGGGCUCUCAGAGGACUGCUUGGAACAAUACACAGCCCCAGGGCAUGGGGCCCGCGCUGGCCUCGGGGAUGGCUGCCGAGAUGCCCCUUUCCUGGUGAUUCGCGGUGGCUGUGGAACCAGUUUUGUUAAGAACCGCGUUUCAGCCUGGAAUCAGACAUCGUCCAGAUGAUUUGGACCCUGUCCGUGUGUAGGUCAUUAUCACACAAAGACACCAAUGAAAAAUAAAAAUGAUAAAAAUAAAAACUGUUGGAGGUGGUGGCAAAUGAUGCCUUUACUGUUUGCAGGACAGUUAAAGGUGUUUCAAGGGUAAGGCUCUGGGUGUCAGUGCCGGGUGGGUGUGUGUGGACGCAGGGACCGCCCUCUGUACUGUCAUUGGCAUACAUAUCUGGACCCAUAUGUGUGGAAUCUUAAGUUCUCUCAGCCUACUGAUUGGUUUGUGUGAGCACACCAGCUGCAGAUGUGUGCUGAAUUGCAAGAUGGUUUUUUGCAAGGGUUGUCUCAUAAUACUAACCGCUUGAUGAUGGGUUUUGGUUUCCAGACAUGUUAAAAAAGAAGAAGAAAAAAAACCUUCUAUAAAUGAAUACUCACCUUAGAAAUAUUCACCGUAGGGAAAAAAGACUUUGCUCUGCCCUUUUCUGUCCUUUUACGCUGCAAGUGGCGACACGUUCAAAUUUCUAAUUGGGUUCAUUGUGGCCUAUCUGGUUUAGGUAUUUAAUUAAAAUGGUCUCAUUAGAGUAUUUCAUGUCAUGCACCAAAAAUAAAACCCCACCUUGUUGUAAAUUCCGACCUUGUUGCAUGGAUUUAAAAGCAAAGGAUGAGGUCCUCCUUCAUUCUUCUGGGGACUGGCUUGCAGAUGCAAACCACAGGCAGUGUCUGAGACGAAGAGCAAGCGUGUGACGUCAUGGUUGCCUGUGCCCAGGCACUUGACAGUGUACUUGAAAGAGGCUUUGGAAAAUAAAGUGAAAGAAUAGAUAUUUUUAAUAAUGUAAUUUAAAUAAAUCCUUUAUAAUCAGGACUGAGUCUUGGUUGGCUAACGCUGUCAUUUACCCUGAAACACAGUAUCAAAAGGGACACUUAAGCUUACUGUUUGAUUUUUUUUUUUCCUCUUUGAAUCCAUGUUUACAGGGAGAAUUAUGUUUCCCCUCUGCUAUUACACGUUAGUUUGCGAAGGAGGCCUGUGGAAAUUGGGUGAUGUCAUGCUUGAGCAUGUAAGUCAGUCACAUUAUAAAGUCCUGUCUACUGACCUUUACUUACAGCAAGUUAAUUUGCGAACCAGAGGUAGAAUUCCUGGUUUCCUGCUUCAAACCCAAUUCUAUGAGAUACGUUAAAAGAAGGACCCUAGCAGCCCAUCCUCCGUUCUCUUUGUCGGUGUAUUUGGUACCCUCCAAUGGUGGUCUUUCUGUAGAAACUCAGUAGAGAAAAUAUAGCUACGCAGCAUUGGGAAUGCCUGCAAGGUUUCAGUGUGCAUAUCGACAGCAUAGUCACUGAUUUCUAAAUGGGCUGGCCCCAGCUUCUGAAGACUCUGUAUAGAAUUAUUAAAAAAAAAAAAAUCCAUCUUCUUUAUUUUCUUCACGUGCGACAAUUUCUUAAGCACUUUGACAUUUGGGUAGUUCCACACUAUUGAGAAAAUAAUAUAUUUAUUUUGUGACAUUGCAGAUGCCAAAUACUGUAACCUCGUGCUCACAAUUCUUAGGUUCAAGAUCACUGCUCAUAUCCUGCCACGCUUUACAAAUGACGCGAAAUGAUUUUUGUUUUUUGUUUUUGCGUUAUCAAUACUUAAAGGUUGCAGUCAGCUGUUAGUGAUUGUGUAGUGAAGUAAAACCCUGUGGUGUCUUAAUCAACCAAUAAUUAAGAGUCUCCGUUGUUGUUUCUUUAGCGUUUGACCUGGUAAUAGCUCUGAGCAAGCAGGAAGCACAGAGCUUACCGCCUCGGAGCGGUCAGCCCCCGGGGUGGGGCCCUCCGUGCAGCAGUCCUGGUUUAGUAUGCCUCCUGCCCUUGGGAGAAUGAAUGGGUGUCGCAGAGGAAGUGGGCCUCCCCAUGGGGGCUCCCGAAAUGUUUCCAACUGGUUCUCUUCGCCCAUUCUCUGUCAUGGUGUUGGGACUCUGUCUCCUGGUUUGUCUUCAUUUCUACUGCUAAAAUUCUGUCUUGAUCACCUUCCUCUUCUGUUCCCGCUCCCUUUUAUAUGCCUAUAUGAUGCUGUGA